AUGAACUCCAAUUAUCUGUUAUCUUAUGGCAGUGAAGAUCAUGGUGAUAGAAAGGUGUAUAUUGUUUACAUGGGAGCAUUGCCUAGGGGCAUGUAUUCUCCUUCAUCUCACCAUCAUAGUUUGCUUCAAGAGGUUGUGGAGGAUAGGCCUUCAUUUUCCGAUUCUGCUAGAGGUUCUCGCAAAAGCGAGGUCGUUUCGGUUUUCCCCAGCACAAACCUAGAGCUCCAGACAACCAGAUCGUGGGAUUUCCUGGGCCUCCAACAACCCACCGGAAUCACGGCCGGCAAUUCCACCGCCGGCAGCGACAUCAUAGUCGGAAUGAUCGACUCCGGUGUCUGGCCGGAAUUACCCAGUUUCAACGACCAUGGCCUCGGUCCCGCGCCGGCAAAAUGGAAGGGCGCUUGCAAAGGCGGCGCAAACUUCACCUGCAACAAGAAGCUGAUCGGAGCUCGGUACUACUCCAGCUCGGCGGCUUCGGCCAGGGACGCCGACGGCCACGGGACCCACACGGCGUCGACGGCGGCGGGGAGCGUGGUUCCGAACGCGAGCUUCUACGGUCUGGCGAGCGGGGUCGCAAGAGGAGGACUUCCCUCAGCGAGGAUCGCCGCCUACAGUGUGUGCGACCCUAGCGGCUGCUCGUCGGAACAGAUCCUCGCCGCCUUCGACGACGCCAUCGCCGACGGCGUCGACGUCAUCUCCAUUUCCAUCGGCGCCAGUUCCGCGCAGGAUAUCGACACCGACGUCAUCGCAAUCGGGGGAUUCCACGCGGCGAAGCAGGGCGUCCUGACCGUACACUCCGCCGGCAACAGCGGCCCCGAUCCCGGCACCCUGGCCAGCGUGGCUCCCUGGCUGCUGUCCGUGGCGGCGAGCACCAUCGAUCGGAAGUUCCGCACCAGGGUCGUUUUGGGAAACGGGAAGAAACUCGUGGGGAACUCUGUAAAUCCAUUCCGUCUGGAGGGGAAAGAUUUGCAAUUGGUGUACGGCGGAACAGCGACAAGCUCUUGCGAAGAAUCCGAGGCUAGAGCAUGCAGCAGUGGCUGUCUAGAACAGAGUAAGGUGAAGGGGAAAAUAGUGGUGUGCGAUUACAAGUACGGGCAGGACGAGGCAUUGAAGGUCGGCGCUAAGGCAGUAGUGUUUCCUGACAUAAUCCCCGAUGUGGCUUUCCUCUCUGUUUUGCCGGCGGCCCCAUUAGAUCCGACGAGUUUCGAUUCCCUCGUCUCCUACGCGCGCUCCGGUGGCAAACCGGUGGUGAAGAUGCUGGUGGGAGAAACCGUGAGGGACUCUGGAGCGCCGGCGGUUGCUAGUUUCUCGUCCCGUGGUCCCAAUACGAUCAUACCCGAUAUCUUGAAGCCGGACGUGAGUGCUCCGGGGGUUGACAUUUUGGCCGGAUGGUCGCCGGAAGCUUCACUUACCGAUGGGGACAAGAGGCGAAAUGGGUUCAAUGUGAUCUCAGGAACUUCCAUGGCCUGCCCCCACGUCACCGGCGUUGCAGCUUACGUCAAAUCCCGGCAUCCCGAUUGGUCCCCUUCCGCCGUCAAAUCCGCCAUCAUCACCACCGCAACGGCUAUGCGUCCCAACAACGGUUCGAAUGAUCUUGCUUAUGCGGCGGCCGAGUUCGCUUACGGGUCGGGACAAGUUGACCCAAUAAAAGCCACGAAUCCCGGGCUGGUGUACGAAGCGACGCCGGCCGAUUACGUCAGAGUGCUCUGCAGCUUGGGCUACGAUACCAAGAGGCUCCGGGCCGUGACCGGCGACAAGAGCACUUGUCCUGCUAAGUUAAACGGCAGCGCGACGACGUCGUUGAAGGAUUUCAACUACCCGUCGAUUGCAGCUGCGGUGGAUACCAAGAAGCCGUUCAAGCUCGCGUUCACGAGAACCGUGACCAACGUCGGCGGAAAGUCGACGUACAGAGCCAGAGUCGUACAGGUGACGAAGAAGGGAAACGCGGCGACGGCGGCGGCGGCAAUGAAGAUUGGGGUGACGCCGGAAGUCCUGUCGUUUGGGGCUGCGGGCGAGAAGAAGUCUUUUAAGGUGAGCGUCGCCGGCGGAGGGAUUGACGAGCAGGGGUUCGCGUCGGCGUCGUUAGUUUGGACGGACGGCGUCCACAGCGUCAGGAGCCCGAUCGUUAUCUACACCAGUAUAGCAGCUUAUUGA